AUGAUUUUUCAAUAACUAAAAAUUACUUUGCCUCCUAUUGGUGCUCAAGAAAUAGAGAAAUCAAUAUAGAAAAGAAUGGGAGACUGCUUAGAGACACAAUUAGGAUUCGAAUACGAGCCUUUUACUUUUCAAUAUUUAGAAUUACACCCCGAUUUGGUUACUAUUAAAAAUCAAAAAAUCGAACAUCAUCCCAUUGAAAAUUAGAAACAUGUAUAAACAUCAUUGGGAUGCUUUAGUAAAGAAAACAAGAUUCGCAUAUUCUUAUGUGAAAACAUCCAUGUUUUGCAACGAUUAGUGAUUAUAAUGGUGAUUGUAAAUACUAUAGCAUUUUGUUUAUAUGACUAUUAAAUUAGAGAUAGCGUUGAUAAUUUAAGCAGCAGGAACAUAGCUUCGAUAAUAAUUGAAACAAUAUGCAAUGUUUUUUUUGGGAUUGAGAUAAUUAUUCAGUGCAUUUGCUACGGCGCAUUUUUUGGGAAAGGAACAUACCUAAGAAAUAUUUGGAGUUGCCUAAACUUUCUAACUUUCGUUUGUACAUGGUCAAUUUAUUUUGAUUAGUCAAUUACAUUCAUUUAAUUGUUAAGAGUUAUUCGUUUAUUAAGACUAGUGAGGCUUUUGCAAGAAAUUCAAUACUUUAGAGAACAAGUUGAAAAUUUUUUUUCAUGUUUUCUAACAAUUCACACGAUAAUAAUUCCAGUUGUGAUUGUAAUUUUUGGAUUUUCAGUUAUUGGACUACAUUUGUUAAGAGGAGUUACAGGACGUAGAUGUGCCAAAAACGGAAUAAUUGAUUUGAACAUUAGAAGUCUUUGUGGAGAAUGGGAAUGUCCAGAUGGUUACGAAUGUAUUGACCAGUUUCACUCUGAAGAUUUAAAUUAUUUAGACUUUUAUUACGGAUACUACCAUUUCGAUACUAUAUAUGAUUCAUUUUUAAGUGGAUUCAUGUUUUUCAAUGCUACAGGUUGGUCGCCAACGACUUUUUAUUUUUGGAAAGCUGUAACACCUCCUGCUACGGCCAUCUACUUCAUUUUUAUGCUGUUUAUCUUACAUUAUACUUUAUCCGAUCUAUUGUUGGCUACCUUAUAUGAAUCCUUUCUUGUUAGUAGUGCCAUAAAAAAUAGUAUAAAAUCCAAUAAAUCUGAACUAUUCACAUAAAGGAGAAGAACAGUUACUUUAAUUAACAAUUAAAACAAGGCUUAAAUUAAUUUUCAUAAAUUGCACAUGAUUACCUAAAUUUCAUCAUAAAAUAGAGUCACCUUGGUAGCUCCUGCAGAGAUUUUAAGUAAUGAAACUUUGAAGGAAAAAAAUGAAUCUUGUAUUAUUGCUAGAAUUAAACAAUUUGAUUAACUCCUUAUAAUUGCCUCUACGAUUGUACUAUGCGUAGAUCAAGUUGAAAAACGUCACCCAAAAGAAUAUUAUGCAGAUAUGAUAAUGAACUUCUUAAUAAUAUUAUUAACCCUUCUUAAAUUGAUAUUUUUUAAGAAAUCAAGGCGAAAAUUAUACAUUAUAGUAGAUGUAAUCCUAUCACUUGGUUUAAUUAUAGUUAUUAUUUUGGAGUUUUUGAAUUUUCAAAGCAAUGUCUUUAUCAUCAUUAAAGCAUUUAAAGCAUUUAGAGUUAUCAAAUUAAUAUACAAAUUAGAGUACUUUGGAGUAAUUAGAUUGUUGCUUAGAUGUCUAAUAGAAACCAUAAUCAAAAUUAGACAUCUUAUAAUUUUAUGGGUCAUUUUUGCAUUUCUAAUUUCAAUUAUUGGAUAAGAAUUAUUCGCUCAUUAUGUACAAGGAUCAUCUGAAAUUGAAAUACAUUUUAAUGGGAUUGGGAAUUCCUUAAUGGCUGUAUUUAACAUCUUUUACGCAGAAGAAUGGCAUGUGACAAUGUAUCAACAUGCAUUGUAUAAGCCAGUAUCAUCCUUCAUCUUUUUUUUAAUUGUCUUCUUUUUAAGUCAUACUCUUUUUAUGAGGCUAUUACGAGCUUUAUUCUUAAAUGAAUUUGGAAAGAAAUUAAAUGAAUUAGAUCAGAAAUAUCCACAAACCGACUAUUUAUAAAGGGCUUGGCAGUAUAUAAAAACAUCCUGGUUCUAGUAAGAAUCAGCUUAAUCUUCUUCUUAGUCUUAGAACGAGGAUGAUUCAAAAGCCCCUCUUCAAGAGAUCAGUCCAAGUGGAACUUCAAUUAAACCAAAUAUUAGUUAAAGCAAAGGUUAAAUUUAUAAAAGAUUGGUUGAACAUAAGUUAUUUAGAAUUUGCCUUUUGUUAGUUGUGGCUUUAAGUGCUGUGAAAAGUGCUGUACAAAAUCCUCUAACUGAUCCUCAUAGUCAAGAAAAGAUGAUUUUGGAUGUUAUUCAAUAUGUUACAACAGCAAUCUUCAUGAUUGAACUUGUUCUUAAUUGUGUGGCCUAUGGGAUCAUUAAAUUCAUAAGUUAAUCGUUUCUUAACAUACUGUCUAUAAUAAAUAUUAUCGUGAAUAUAAUCUCUAUAGGAUUGGGAAACCCUCCCCUGUUUAUUUUGACUCUAUUUGAUUCUCUCAGGGUGCUUUCGUUUUUAAAAACCGGUGCGGAUUAAUACCCUAUUUUAAAAUAAGCAGUGCAAGCCUUAUUUAACGCUUUUACUAAGAUGAUUUAGUUAGCUCUAUUUAGUCUUCUAAUUUUAUUAAUGUACAGUCUAAUUGGAAUGCAAUUGUUAAAUGACGAAUUCUAUUAUUGCAGUCUUCCAGAUGGCAAUGCAUCAAGAUUGCAUUUAAAAUCUAAGAUUGAUUGUUUUGACAUCGGAGGGAGUUGGAUAAACCAAAAUCUAAAUUUUGACACUUUAUUUGAAUCAAUAAAUCUCUUAUUUUGUGUUGCAACAUCAGAAGAGUGGAUUCCUUUGAUGACGCCUGCAUGGAAAGCUGCCGGGAUCGAUCAACAACCACAUCAUGACACCAACAGAUAUUGGUCGAUUUAUUAUUAAAUGUUUUUCUUUAUUGGAAAUACUUUAGUGUUGGGAAUGUUUGUCACUUUAGUUGUUGAAACCUACAUAAAAACGAGAGAAGAAUCACAGAAUCUACAUUUACUGGAUGACAAAUAAAGGGAAUGGUUUCAGAUCAAAGAAUAAAUAUUAAAUUUAAAGCCAAAGAAGAAAUUUAAGCCUCCCACGAUAUUUAUUUUAAAUAUCUUCUAUAGGUUGAAUUAGUUUUUGUAGAUUCCAUUUUUAAUCGUUAUAUUAAGCAACAUCAUUAUAUUGAGUUUAUACUAUGCAAGAAUGGGAGCAGAAUAUGAAUAAGCUUUGGACUAAGUCAAUUAGAUUUUCAUCUUUAUUCAACUAUUUGAAAUACUAAUAACUACAGUAUAGGUUACAGAUUUCAAGUUUAAAAUUUAUGAAAUUUGUGGAAUACUCUUAAGUGUGGUUUCUAGCUUUUUAGACUAUCAUAUUCUUCAUGUAGUUUCAGUGGCAUUCCAAGUUACCAGAAUUUACAAGCUAACUUAGCAUUUCAAGACAAUUUAACAUUUGUUCCAUGCCAUAUUUGCAGUAUUGCCUAAUACAGCCUCAAUGCUUUUCAUUAUGCUAGUAGUCCUAUAUUGUUACACCAUUGUCUCUUGUGAUUUAUUUGCUUAUUUGCGUCCUUAAACAUCAGUCAAUGGAUUUGAUAUGCACUUUAGGGAUUUCUGGGGUGCACUUAUGACUCUAAUUAAAGUAUCGACAGGAGAGAAGUGGUGGAUUGUAAUGCAGGAAACUACAUUAGAAUAAUCGCCAGCUGUAGCUUGCAUAAAUAUUGAAUCAUAUGAAGAAUUUCAAGAGAUUGGAUUUAAUGGGUGUGGGUCAAACCUUUCUUACCCAUUUUUUAUUUCGUUUAUUCUUGUAUUCUCACUAAUGAUUUUGAAUCUAUUGGUCGCAAACAUCAUAGGAGCAUAUGAACAAUAUCAUAAAAGUGAAUAGAGUGCCAUAUCCAAAUAUUAAUUAUUAGAUGUGAUUGAAUUGUGGUCAUAGUUUGACGAAGAUGGAGAAGGGUUCAUAAGUUAUAAACUCUUUUGGAGGUUGUCAUCUUAGAUAGCUAUAAUCUUUGGCUUAGAGUAAUCAGAUUUGUUGGAUGUCAAUAAUAAGAAGAAGUUCUUAAAGGCUUUGAAGAUUCCAAUUUAUGAAUUAGUAGACUCUAAUGUCCUUUGCUACAGGUUUCAUGAUGUGAUUGUGAGUUUGACUCGGAUUUCUGUUACCAUCAAAUACGGAGUAGUUAAUUUGGAACCUGUAGAUAAGGAUAUCCAUUAAAAGGUCUAUGGUAAUAAAUAUUCUCAAGUGGAACCAAAGUUUAGGGAAACAACAUUGAAUAGCGGAGAUAUGGUGUCUAUCAUCUUUAUUUAGCAAAAGUUUAGGGAGUGGAAGCAGAGAUCACUUUUAAAAAAUACCAUUUUUUUAGGAGGAAUAGGAGACUAUCGUAGUUUAAUCAAAAUUAAAUCAAAAACACUAAGUGAAAAAAUACAUUAAUAAAUGAAUAAUGAAAAUUGA